AUGGCUGGGAUAACCAGCACCGUUGGAUUCAACGCCGUUUUUGCCGGAAUCUCCAAAACACUGUCCCAUUCACCAUUUUCGGUUGCAUCCGUCGAUUCCAAGCUCUGUGGUCUUCGUCUCUCCAAGUCCGAGCUGUCCACGCCUUCUCCUCGCCGUGGCCUCGCCGUCACUUGCCGUUUCGGCGGUGGAGGUGGUGGAGGAGGAGCUUUUCGUUUCUCUGGAGACUCUAGGCGUGGUAGGCCGAAAGAAGCCGAAGUAGAUGAUGCGCUUGAUAUCUCAUCGAUUAGGUCAGCUACUGUUAGGCUAAUUGAUGAGAAACAGAACAUGCUUGGUUUAGUGUCUAAAGACGAAGCAGUUCGAAUGGCUGAAGAUGCUGAGCUUGAUUUGGUGAUUCUAUCGCCGGAUGCAGAUCCUCCGGUUGUUAAAAUGAUGGAUUAUAGUAAAUACAGAUAUGAACAGCAAAAGAAGAAAAAGGAUCAACAAAAGAAAACUACUCGUAUGGACUUAAAGGAGCUCAAAAUGGGUUAUAACAUUGAUCAGCAUGAUUAUACCGUACGUCUAAAAGCUGCUCAAAAGUUCUUGCAAGAUGGUGACAAGGUUAAGGUGAUUGUGAGCAUGAAAGGACGAGAAAACGAGUUUAGAAAUAUCGCUAUUGAGCUCCUCAGGCGUUUUCAAACCGAAAUAGGGGAGCUUGCGACUGAAGAGAGCAAAAACUUCCGGGACAGAAACUUGUUCAUCAUCUUGGUGCCAAACAAGGAAAUGAUUCGGAAACCACAAGAACAACCACAGUCGAGAAAGAAGAAAAAACAAGCUGAAGCGGAAGUUUCAGCUACGGGAAAUGAGGUUUUAGCGACGGAAAACGAAGUUUCCACGACGGAAGACGAAGUUCCAGCUGCAGAAAUAACGACGACGACGCCAUGA